GUAUCUAUUUCUCUGAUGACUAAUGAUGAGCAUCUUUUCAUGUUCUUAUUGGCCUUUCAUGUAUCUUUCCUAAAAUGUGUUCAAUUGUGUCAUCUAUCCUUAAUCAGGUUGUGUCUCUAUUUUCGAAUUGGAGUUGGUUGUAUAAUCUGGAUACCAGUCUUUCCUCAGAAUAUAUAAUUUCAUAUAUAUUCCCACUGGGCUCAAGCCACCACGGUUCUCUGUGCUCUGUCUUAAAUGAGACCACAUCUGUUCUCAGUCUUUUAAAAACUCUCUCUGUUCCCUGGAAUUGCUGCUCUUCAGAUACACACAGAACCUGCUUCCAGACCUCCUCCAGUCACAAAUGGUCCUUUUUGGUGAGAUCUUUCUUGACCAUCCUAUUUUAAAUACUAAUACUCACGGCCUGACAUUACCCCCUACUCUCUAGUUUUUUCUCCACAGAACAUAUCUAUACUAUUUACUAUUUAUCUGUCUUUUUGUUUAAAGAAAAGUAUUGACCCAGAUGAGCCCCCAAGCAUAAAAACACAGAAGAAUAACAAGUUAGAAUAACAUGGAAGAAAAACAUCCGUUUAGCGGAUGACCUCUUUCGGAGGCUGAUAUACCAGGGAUGGCAUCAGACUUGUGAGCCUGCUGGAUGAAGAGGUGGUGUACCUCUCUCAAGUACCCGAGGCAGAUCGCCGAGCGCUCUCGGCUCUAGGAGAUCCUGGCCAAGUAGACCUCGCCCAGAACAAGAAAAAAGUGAGUCCUGUUUGCCUCGAAAAAAAACUGUCGAAUCUCGAGCAGCGCAGACAUAUGUAGAGCUCAUCGGAGCCAUUACUUUUCUUCUCACUGGACGAAACAGGAUGUCUCGUUCAAGACCAAGCGGCUUAAGGACGCGGAAAAAAACCCACACUCAGCUUCCGGUCCGGCCGGAGGAGCCUCGCCGCCUGUCUCAUCGGAAGUGGCGAACGGAGCUCCUGCUCCCCUUCGGGUCAGCAGACGCGACUGACGCCGGCGAAACACUCUGUGUAAGGAGGUAGCCGAGAACCUUCCUCCGACCCAGACCUGCAAAGACGCUGCAGGGUCGGGCAGGGCGAAGAAGGAGCGCAGCUGCGGCAGAUCUCCCGGAAGUCGAGCCCUUUGUUUCCGUGGGGAAGAUAUUACGAGACGGACGGGUACGCGGCGUAGCAUCCUGCUUAUCUAUGAAAUGCAGUUAACACAUCAGCUGGACCUAUUUCCUGAAUACAGGGUGACCCUUCUUUUAUUUAAAGAUGUAAAAAAUGCUGCUGGCUUGAGAAAAAAGGCCAUGGAAGGCGCCAUUGAUGGCUCAUUAAUAAACCCUGCGGUGAUUGUUGAUCCAUUUCAGAUAAUUGUGGCCGCAAACAAAGCAGUUCACCUCUACAAACUGGGGAAAAUGAAGACAAGAACUCUAUCCACUGAAGUUAUUUUCAAUCUUUCCCCAAAUAACAAUAUUUCAGAGGCCUUGAAAAAAUUUGGUAUCUCAGCAAAUGAUACUUCGGUUUUGAUUGCUUAUAUUGAAGAGGGUGAAAAACAAAUAAAUCAAGAAUACCUAAUAUCUCAGGUAGAAGGUCAUCAGGUUCCUCUGAAAAGUCUCCCCGAAAUAACAAAUAUUACGGAAGUCAAAAAGGUAUAUAAACUAUCUUCACAAGAAGAAAGUAUUGGAACAUUAUUGGAUGGUAUAAUUUGUAGAAUGUCAACAAAAGAUGUUUUGUGAAAUGACAGAAAUAUUAAAAAAUUUUCAGCUUUUGUAAAAAACAUUGUUUUUUCUAGAUCAUAAAAUCUAUUAUGUUGUGUUGUAGAAAGUUUUAAAACACAGAAUGGUAACAAAGAAAAAAAAACCA